AUGCAGAUAUUCGUGAAGACACUCACAGGGAAAGUCAUAACUCUGGAAGUAAGCGACAAUGACACAAUAGAAAACGUGAAGGCAAAAAUACAAGACAAAGAGGGAAUUCCCCCCGACCAGCAGAGACUGAUCUUCGCAGGAAAACAGCUUGAAGAUGGAAGGACCCUUUCAGACUACAACAUCCAGAAGGAGAGCACAAUUCACUUGGUGCUCAGGCUGAGGGGAGGAGUCAUAACGGACACAGAUCGAGUGUUUGUGACUUUACAGCGCACGAAAGUCCUUAUUUGCAGAGGAUGCUACUCCAGAAACAGCAUCAGAGCAACCCACUGCAGGAAGAGUGGACCCUGUGGGAACUCAACGAACCUGCGCCCAAAGAAGAAGUUCAAGAAGUCGAAGUCAUAA